ACACAGCAGACGACGACGAGUCGUCGGUUCGCGCGUGCGACGGGUAGUGAAGCAUGGCAAGUGGCGGUGGACAUGCGUCUCAGUCGUUGCGCGAUCGUUCGCAUGUUCAUCGAUAGUUGCGUGUAACAUUCCGAUAACCCCGAGGCUCUGUGUCCGGCUCGUCGCGAGCGCCGUCGACGCCCGACGAGCGAGCGGGCGCGCACAAAUAUCGACCGUCGUGAUCGUCGGAGGCGUUUGCGUUCGUUCCUGCCGGCCGUCAUUCACGGCAGCUGAACAUUUUAGAGCGACGCGUCACCGCUACACGCCGUGCCGAGAAGGAGGAAUUCACGCGCGCGCGCGCGCGCAACCACAAGCAGCUGGACGAUCACCGUAACGAGGAGAACGAAAAAAAAUUACCGCGCGCUGUGCCGAUCGUAACCCGAACCGACACCUGCGAACGGCGGCGACACGUCGGCGCGGGCUGUUAACUCAUGGAGCGCGAAGAUCCGAACGGAAAUGCGACGGAGGACGAGAACGAAAAUGCGGCCGCGGGCGAGCGGGGCGCGCCGGAAGGUUCCUUGGAAAGUCCACGUGUGCCGUCGGAGAUGGAACAGUCGGAGACCGGUCGGAGAACCAGUAUUUUCAAGUAUUACUCCUACAAGAACGCAGACACAAUGUCAAACACGGUGAAGAAAAUAGGACCUUUGGUUGGCGUCAUUGACGUUGGUACGCGAACUGUUCGCUUUGUGGUGUUCAAUGCAAAGCACGUUGCGGAGGUCGCAUCCCAUCAGAUCGACAUUGAGCAAAUCAGUCCACAAGAAGGAUGGAUGGAGCAGGAUCCCAAGGAGAUCCUUUUCGCGGUGAAAGCCUGCAUCAAGGAGGUAAUUCGCAAAUUCGACGUGCUUGGAAUGGAGAUCAACGAGAUCGUUACAGUAGGCAUUACGAAUCAAAGAGAAACUACAAUAGCAUGGGACGCGAGCACGGGUGAUCCGCUCUACAAUGCCAUAGUGUGGUCUGACAUCAGGACCGACUCGAUCGUAGACCAAAUCAUAGCAAAGUUCCCGGACAAGAGCAAGAAUCACCUGAAACCCCUAUGCGGUUUGCCUGUGAGCCCGUAUUUCUCUGCUUUGAAGAUUCGUUGGCUGAAGGAACACGUACCGGCGGUGAGGAAGGCGAUGCGCGAGAAACGAUGUAAAGUUGGGACCGUGGAUACGUGGGUGAUUUGGAAUUUAACGGGAGGUAAGGACGGUGGACUGUACAUCACCGAUGUAACGAACGCGUCGAGGACGAUGUUAAUGAAUAUAGAAACCCUCGCUUGGGAUCCCACAUUAUGCAGAUAUUUCGACAUUCCUAUGCAGAUACUGCCGGAGAUCAGAAGCAGCUCUGAGAUAUACGGCAAAAUCUCGUACGGUCCGUUGGCCGGCAUUCCUAUAUCCGGUAUUCUAGGAAAUCAACAAUCGGCUUUGGUUGGGCAGAAUUGCUUGAAGAAAGGACAAGCGAAAAAUACGUACAGGAGUGGUUGCUUCCUGCUUUGUAAUACCGGCCAUACUAGAGUAUAUUCUUCUCACGGAUUAGUUACGACCGUCGCGUAUCAGUUAGGUCCGAACAGCCCAGCUGUUUAUGCCUUGGAAGGUUCAAUCGCGGUUGCGGGUGCCGCCAUCAAGUGGUUACGGGACAACAUGAAGCUCAUCAAAGAUGUGCACGAAAGUGAACAUUUAGCGCAAAGUGUUUUCAGUACCGGGGACGUUUAUUUCGUGCCAGCUUUCACGGGAUUAUACGCACCUUACUGGAGAAAGGAUGCGAGGGGGAUAAUUUGUGGACUCACCGCAUUUACUACAAAACAGCACAUUAUUAGGGCGUCUCUAGAAGCGGUCUGUUUUCAAACCAGGGAUAUUCUCGAAGCUAUGUACAAAGAUUGUGGAUUUCCGUUAACGAAAUUAAAUACAGACGGAAAAAUGUCGACUAAUAAUCUCCUUAUGCAAUUGCAGGCUGAUUUAUGCGGUGCACCAGUAUUUAGAUCAACUAUGCCCGACAUCACGGCGUUAGGUGUAGCGAUGGCUGCGGGACAUGCCGAAGGAAUAGAUGUUUGGGAACUAGAAGGCGAGGAUGUAGAAACAGUGCCAACUGAUACUUUCCUACCGACCACCACACCGGAAGAGAGGGACGCGAGGUAUAAGAAAUGGAAAAUGGCUGUGGAAAGAAGUCUCGGUUGGGCAGCAGUAAAGAUGUCCGACCAAAUGACAGAUGAACGGUACUGUAUGCUGGCGUCCAUUCCUGCCAGUUGGUUCCUAAUGUCGAGCUUCAUUUUAUUACGGUUAAGUUAUUACAUGGCAAAUCGGUGA